GAGAGAAUCACAUCUCAGCCUGAUCACACAAUACCAACUCAUUUUAUCUCCCCAGACCAUGAUGACAAUAUUGCUUCUUUUUCUUCCAACACUCAGUCUGCUCUGCUUUCUUCAUCAAAAAUACAGAAACAAGUACGGAGCAAAUCAUCUUCCCCCGGGUCCUCCGGGACUUCCAAUCAUCGGUAACCUACACGAGCUUGCUAACUCAGCUCCACAUCACUACCUAUGGCAACUCUCCAAAAAAUAUGGCCCUCUCAUGACCCUCCAACUCGGUUUCGUUCCAACCCUUGUGGUUUCUUCAGCAAAGAUGGCUAAAGAGGUCCUGAAAACCCAUGAUCUCGAAUUUGCUAGUAGGCCAUCUUUACUUGGCCAGAGAAAGCUAUCUUACAAUGGCUUAGAUGUGGCUUUUACACCUUACCGUGAGUAUUGGAGAGAAAUGAGGAAGAUUUGUGUCCUUCAUCUCUUGAACCCCAAGAGGGUUGAGUCCUUCCGUUACAUUAGAGAAGAUGAGGUUUCGCGAAUGAUCAAAAAGAUCUCCAACUUUGCUUCUGCUUCUAAACUCAUCAACUUAAGUGAGAUGCUAAUGUCUCUCACUAGUGCCAUGAUUUGUAGAAUUGCUUUUGGUAAGAGGUAUGACGAUGAAGGUUGCGUAAGGAGUAAGUUUCAUGGCCUCCUUCAUGAAGCUCAGGCCAUGCUAGGAAGCUUCUUCCUCUCGGAUUAUUUUCCUUUUCUUGGUUGGGUAGAUAAACUCAAUGGCAUGUCAAGCAGGGCCGAUAAAAUUUUCAAGGAAAUGGAUUUGUUCUACCAAGAAAUCAUCGAUGAGCGCUUGCAAGAAGAGAGCAGUAAGUCCGAGCAGGAGGAUAUUCUUGAUGUCUUACUUCAGCUGCAGAAGGAUCACUCGUUUACAAUUGAUCUCACUUUAGAUCAUAUUAAAGCAGUGCUCAUGAACAUAUUUAUGGCUGGAACAGACACUAGUGCUGCCACUUUGGUUUGGGCGAUGACAGGGCUAAUGAAACAUCCUAGAACUAUGAAGAGAGUGCAAGAAGAAAUUAGACAUGCAAGUGUAGAGAGAGGUAUGGUUAAAGAAGAUGAUCUUCAUAAACUUCCUUAUCUCAAGGCAGUGGUGAAGGAGACACUGAGAUUGCACCCUCCAUCUCCAUUGCUGCUUCCACACGAAACAACGAAAAAAUGCAACAUAAAUGGGUAUGAGAUUCCACCCAAAACUUGUGUCUACGUGAAUGCGUGGGCCGUUGGAAGAGAUCCUGAAUCUUGGGAACAUCCAGAAGAAUUCUUGCCUGAGAGAUUCAUGGAUAGUUGUAUUGACUACAAGGGACAAGAUUUCGAAUUCAUUCCAUUUGGGGCGGGUCGAAGAGGUUGCCCCGGGAUUUAUCUCGGAGCUCUGACUGUGGAGCUUGCACUUGCUAAUCUGCUCAAUUCUUUUGAUUGGGAACUACCUCCUGGUAUGAAGAAGGAAGACAUCGACAUGGAUGUUUUACCUGGAAUCACUAUGCAUAAGAAAAAUGCACUUUGCCUUCUGGCUAAGAAAUAUCAUGGGCAUGUAUAUCAAUAAAUGAUCUAUGCAAAUUAACAAUAGGUGCACACGUGUUGCAGUACGCGUCCUGUACCACAGAGGAUCCAGAUUCGUAGUGCAGUUAGUUUAGUUAUAUAUAUCUUAUGUUACAGAAUGAGAGAUUGAAACGUUCUGAAAUAGUAUUCACAUAGUUGAAUUUAAGUAGUUGUGAAAAAUUAUGAAAUAUUGUGUUUGGAUAAGUUAUGUAAGGGGAAUUUUGUUUGACUUGAAUUUUCACUAUUGUUAUUCUCUUCAAAAUUCAAUACUGUGAACUCCAAA